CCCUGGGCGCAGGUUAAGAUAACCGUAGACAGAAAAUGAUACGCAGAUGAAAGAUGCUUUGCAUGAUUUGGAGAUAUUCAAAUGAAAUGCGAGAUGGAAGAGCUCACAGGAUCGUUAGAGAAAAAAGAAAAAAAGCAAAGCUCCAUUAUUUGAGCGCGGUCACAUCUAUGGUCUCCCCAGUUCAGCCACUUUCACCUUGUGGUGUAGGGAAAGUCUUGGGAUACGGAGAAACGAAGAAUCCCCAAACCGAGCAGUUUACACACUUUUCUACGUGACCUGACUCCUACCACUGUUAUCUUAUGGUGGAAAUUUCCUACGUUGAAACGUAAUACAAGAUCAGAAAAAAAAAUCUCUACUUUUACAGCAGAGACCUGUUGUCCUAAUUGGAUAGGAGCAACUUUGGAAAGUGCAGACAAGGGAAAAAUAAGUUUGUUUCCUACAGGUUCAGCAAUUUUACAGCCAUAAAUUGAGAUGCUUCUUCCAGAAAAGCACACACAGGUAUAGAUCACCAAAAUAGCCAGAAACUGUGAGCUGAGGGGGUUCAGUCCAAGCAGGCCAUGAGCAUCCCGGUCCCGGUCCUGCUCACCCUCCUGGUGCUGUCAGCCUGCCAGGGCCACAUGGCCGCCCUGCUGCAGACCUCCAACUUUCUGAAGGAGAGCAUCAGGCUGCUCAGCGUGCUCCUGGAGACGGAGGUUUCCUGUGACAAGAUGAACGUGACAAAUAUUUUUGCAGACAAUAAGCAUGACAAUGAUAUGGAGAUCUUAUGCAAAGCCACCACAGUCACUUGGGAGGGUGGGAUCUGCCACAGCUACCUGAAGGGCAUUUCUGUCAACUUGCUGCAACUCAUCCGCAGGAAGAGCACCGUCCACAAGGCACCGUGUCCCGUGGCAGCAGGCAACACUACAUCACUGAAAGAUUUCCUGGUCAACUUACGCAGAGUCCUCCAACGAUUAGUAAAAGACUGAAGU